AUGAGGUGCACGGCAUCCGGUCUGCCCCCCUCAUUUAUCACGGCGGUACGGUCUGGUUUUGACGCUUUCGUCCAUUUGCAACGACAUCGCUUUGCCUCGUACGUGGAAUUGCCCGAUGGUCAACCCCGUGAGAUGAAGGCGCUUUGGGGAGAACAAACUUCUGCUGCUGCGACCCCGGAAACUCUUUGCCAGUGGUCGGACCUCUUCUUUUUGCGGCUCAAGGCGGUUAGUGACGAGGUGCCUUUUGAUCUGACGGUUGGGGUUGUGUGGGAGCUUGUCUCUAUCGUGCUUGGCGUCCUCGAAGGGUGUGGCGACGACGGCCUCGUGGUGAAUGGGUUGUACGUGGAUUGGUAUCGUUCCAGGUUCGUGCACCCUGAAGGUGUGGAACAGAUUCUUAACGAGCUCAGCUCGUCAACACCUGGAAAAGAGGGCGUCCUCAUGGAGAUCGUUGGACCAUGCAUGGUCGCUAUGCAGCGCUGCUUUCUGGCAGGGUUGUUUCCAAUCAGUGCGCAACUCCUCAGCACAUUUAUGGAAUACUUGCGCACUUUCAGUUUGGAUAUAUUCAGUGCAGAGGAGGAGAGCGCGCUGGCGGAUGUCAUUCACUUGUUGCUCCACCCACCAGCUAGCGGUGUAGUGCACGCUGCCUGGGCAGACACCGCGAACCGGUUACUUGUUGACUGUAAGCGUAUCUUAGGGAAUGCGAACAGGAAGGGUGGCGUCGCAAUGCAGGUGGCGCAGCAGUUGAAGUCCCUUUGCCUAGAUCUCCUUCUCAUGGUUAGUGGGGAUGCAGCGCUGGUGUUGCAUAUGUGUUGCCUGCUUAAUCUUGAUGUGGUGGAUUACGUAGCCGCUGUUUGCGUGGUUUGUGGGCCGCCCAUGACGUUGCAACAGAUGCAUCACUUGUUCCGCACGGCUUGGGAUUCAUGGGAAGGUACGGUGAAGGGACCGUGGUACGUCGCCGUCGUGGAACAGCUACUUGGCUGCCGGUGCGUGGCUGAUGUAGUUGGUGUUAUGCAGUUUGUACGCGAUGCAGUGCGUCGAAAUGAGCAUAUUCAGUCGGUUCCGGCCACCGGAAGACUGAAGGGCCAGGAUGGUGAUAGCAACUUUGUUUCUAGCCCAGUUUCGAGCAUUGCUAGUCUAGGUGAAGAUGUUGGUGAUGGCAGUGAGGAUGUGUCGGGUGUUUAUGGGGAGGAUGUUAGCAUCACUGACAGUGGAGAUGACCAUCUGUUGGGAGAUGCGGUUGAGUUGCCCAUGGGAGGCAAAAGUCUUCGUGGCUUUUCUUUACUUUUCAUGGCAGCACACGUGGCCGACAUCUGUGCACCUCCCAUGGGCGCACCUGUGGAUCAAAUUUCUGUCACCUUCACCCGAAAUGAGCUCAUUAGGGACUACGUUGAACUCUUCAGGUGGCAUCCACUUCUGUGGCGUACGGCAGCUACUUACACAGUGUACUCACCCUUCAUGAAUCCUGCUGAGCUCUACCGCACCGUGAUUGGCCAGACAUCGAACGCGGUGCGUGAUCGGUACACGUCUUUGUCCCUCCAAACGUUUAUCCAGACAUCGUGGGAGGAUAACAGUCCUUUUCAGGUUGCUCUCCGUCGACUGCUGCACGACAAAUAUCCGGCGAGUGCUACCGUAAGCAGGUGGAUUAGCGCCGUUGAUUUCUACAGGCACAAGGCCGUUGACGUACUUAACAGAAAGUUGAUCCGUGAAAAGAUGACGUGUGGCGACACUGCGUCCGCUGUGUGGCUUGCGUUGGAGAGCCAACAGUCUAAAUCCGUUCAGGUACAUUUUGAGGAGAUCCUGCGCACUCCCAACGCCCUGUUGUCAGACGAGGUGCAACGUGUGGGUCAAGCGUUGAGCAGCUCAUUUAUUUCUGUCGAUGCGAGUCAAAACCUACGCAUGCUGAAUGUCCUGUGCGCAUGUGCGGCCCUAUUUGAGUAUCGCAAAGCCUGUGCUAGCGCACAACGAGGCGGCGGAUCCUCCGCCAGUUUACCUGUUGGGGUCGUGCAGCACUUACUUCGUGCAGCUGACAGAGUUCUUCAGUGUGCAGCUUCGGUUCGCAUGCAUCCGGAGGUGAUUCUUUCCGUGCUGGAUCGUGCGGCUAGCAUUGCAAUCAACCUUCCUCGUUCUCUGCGGCCACGGACACUCCUCCCACGGCUUAGUAGCGCGUUGGAGCUUAUGUUCGCGGCUCACUCGGGAAAUCUAGCCAGCUACAACGUCAAAGCGGCACCCAUUCGUGAGAAGCUGAUGAGGCUUCUAUAG